AUGUGCGGUGCGCGCUUCUCCGUCCACGGCGCGCGCGGGCUGUACGCGGCAGCGCGUCGAGCGGGGCUGCGUGACGAGGACGUGGCGACCGAGACGCAGCGCAUGAGAGCGCUCGGCCGCAUGCUCCAGCUGCCGGCGCCGCGAGGCACGACGCUGCAAGUGAGCGCGCUUGACGUCCCGUCGAACUUCCUGUCCAGGGACGUAUCACGUGCUGUGUUCGACGAGCGUGUGGCGGUGGCGCUCUCGCUCAUCGGGGCUCCGGCGGUGCGUCGUCACGUCACCAAGGUCACUAUGCAUCUCCCCACCGCUGGGUGGUGUUUGUACGAGCCCUUCGAGCUCAUGGAGGCACUCUGCAACGCAGAACAGCUGCACACCCUCCACCUCGUUCUGUCCGCGAGUGAUGAAGCCGCGGACAACGACGACAUGUUCUACGCCGUCGCCAAGCUGCGAUGGAGCGGCGAGGAUCUUCAGCGCCGCAGCGGCGAGAACCUCCGGCGCCUGAGCCUGCCGGGCUGUGCGUUUGCGACCAACGCGAUCACAUCGCUGGCGGGCAGCCAACUCGACAAGCUGACCGACCUGCUCGUGUGCGCCAGAGCCAACGUUCCCGCGCACCUCAGGACUCUCGCCACCACCUCGACGCUCCGGAACGUCGACCUGUCGGGCAGCUGCAUUCGCACCGUGAGCCUGGAGAGGCUGUGCGGGGCAAUCACCAGCAGCUCGAACCUGCGCCUGGAGCAGCUGCGGCUGAACAGGGUGCAGAUGACCGACCACGGCGGUCAGGUCUUUGCCAUGGAGCGCAACAGGCGACCCUGCUCCGUGACUCUCGGCGACAUGCUCGGCUCGAACACGACGCUGCGGUCGCUCAAACUGGGCGGCGCGGCGCAGCUGUCGCAGUGCUUCAUCUGCCAGUCCGUCGGCACGUAUCGGUACGGCAUGUGGUUGAAAGACACGACGUUCUCUUCCGGCCUCGCAUGCAACCGCACCUUGAGAAUCCUGUCGUUCAAGAACCUCUACUUCCUCGAGAAGCUCGGCGCUUCCAUCGCCCUCGCCCUGCGGUCGAACACGGGGCUCCGCGAGCUGACCAUGGAGGGCGCGGGCAUCAGCACCAAGGACGGGGCGCUGCUGGCGGAGUCCUUGCGCUUGAACGACGGCCUGCAGCACGUCUCCCUGAACGAGAACCCGUCCCUGUGCGGCGAGACGUUGCCGCAGUUCUCCCGGGUCGUGAAGCAGCACAGGAAACCGCAGCGCCUGGACAUCCUGGGCCACACGUAUCACGGCGAGGCAGGCCUGGGGAUGCCGAUGCGCCCCGUCGACGGACCGGGCCCCGCAACAUAG